UGGCGAUUAAAAAAGAUGUAUUGACUAUCCACAUACUUAAUUAAAUGUAAGGAAUUGAUUACAAUGAUAAAGAAAACUUGUUCGCUUCUGCGCACGCACUUUUAAUAGGUCAGUUCUGAUUACAAGAGGAAAAAUCAAUACACUCAUGUCAGUUUACACAGCGAAGAUUCACAGCUCGUACCAAAGUGAAGAAUUCAGUCACUCAUGCCGCAAAAAUCACAGCUAUUGAGAAAAAUAAAUUCAGGCUAGCAUGAAAAAUAGUAAUAGUUGAAGUAUCUAAGCGAAAAAAGGCCGUGAAAAGUUCUUAAAAUUAAUUAUUAAGGCAAAUUUAAAUUCGUCGACCUAAAAUGGGCGAGUCAGAGCUAUUAGAUGAGAAGGAUAUUAAAAAGUAUGAGCAAAUUUUCAAAAAAUUAGACGUAAAUCACAAUGGUCGUGUCGAUAUUCACAAUUUACGGGAUGAACUUGGAAUGUCAGAGAAAUAUGCUCAGCAAUUUAUUGCAAAGUCAGACAGCGAUUCAUCUGGUGAUGUCAGUCUCAAAGAAUUCAUUGGUUAUUUGCAGGAUCAAGAGAAAAAUUUGAGACUUCAAUUCUCAAAAUUAGAUAGAAAUCAUGACGGGAAAGUAGAGCUUGAUGAGAUGAUUACAGCUUUUAAAGAAUUAGGCGUAAAUAUGGAUUAUGGCGAGGCAGUGAAGCUAUUUAAGCGAAUGGAUAAGGAUGGAAGUCUUGACAUAAGCUAUAAUGAAUGGAGAAGUUUCUUACUCUUAGCACCGUCCACAGAUAUCCAUGAUAUUGUUAAAUAUUGGAGGCACAGCACAUACCUUGACAUUGGUGAAGAUUUUACAGUUCCUGAUGAUUUUACAGAGACAGAAUUAAAGACGGGACUAUGGUGGAGACAUUUAGUUGCAGGCGCUAUCGCUGGUGGUGUUUCAAGGACAUCUACAGCACCAGCUGAUCGUUUAAGAGUCAUGCUACAAGUUUAUCAUUCAAAACAAAAAAUGACAGAGUGUUUUAGUUAUAUGUUAAAAGAAGGUGGUUGGAGGAGCUUAUGGCGUGGUAAUGGCUUAAAUGUUGUGAAAAUAGCACCAGAGUCUGCAUUGAAAUUCAUGGUCUAUGAACAAGUCAAGAGAUUUAUUCGCGGUGAAACUAAUCGUCCAUUGACAAUAUUUGAAAGAUUUGUGUCAGGUGCUGUUGCUGGUUGUGUCUCACAAUCUGCAAUAUAUCCAAUGGAAGUGCUUAAGACACGUUUGGCAAUUCGAAAAACUGGUCAGUAUAAUGGAGUCGUUGAUGCAAUCAAAAAGAUUUAUGUGAAUGAAGGAAUUAGAACUUUCUACAGAGGAUAUAUCCCUAAUUUACUUGGUAUUAUUCCAUAUGCUGGAAUUGAUCUCGCAGUCUAUGAGACAUUAAAGAGACAUUACUUAAGUACAAAUGGUUCACAAGUUCCACAAGUAUGGCUACUUUUAGCAUGUGGAAGUACCUCAUCUACAAUAGCACAGGUUGUGUCAUAUCCUCUGGCUUUAGUGCGAACAAAAUUACAAGCAAUGAAAGUAAAAACCACCGAAGUCAGCCUAAAUGCUGAAGGCAUUGCAAUGGCACAUCCAAUUCGCGAUCACACAAUGUCCACAAUGUUCAAGAAGAUAAUCAGAGAAGAAGGCUUUCAAGGUCUUUAUCGUGGAAUCACACCCAAUUUUAUUAAAGUUCUUCCGGCUGUUUCAAUUUCUUACAUUUCUUACGAACUUAUUAGUCAAAAAUUGGGAAUUAAUAUGGCUUAAGUUGUUCAAUUUGUUAUCAAUCAUGUUAUCAAGUAUUUCUACGCUUAUCGUUGUGAAGCAAUAUUUUAAAUUAUUUAUCGACUUUUUCUCUUAAAUUAAUAAACAUUUUUCACGAUUCUCUCGACAUUAAUUAAUUAACCAAUUGUGCAUUUACACUCAAAUCCAUCUUAAGCUUUGUUGAAAUGAACAAAUUUAAAAUAAUUAAAUCGAAAUAAAACGAACAAAAAUUUCAUGAACGAAUACAUUUAAAAUUUGUUUGAAUUUCAAGACACUGUUACGAUAAUGAUCUGAGUAUAGCUAAAAUGCAGCAAGUUUAUAAUUGAUUUUU